AUGGCGCCAAAUUCAGCGUCUGAUGCGGACUACUUCAGGGACAGGGCUCGCAAGGACCUGUUGGCUCUCCUGGAAGGCGUCCGCGGUAAGAAAAAUGUGGUCAUAAGCCAAGAUCUGGCUGGUCCGGUCGGGCUUUUUGUCAAGUUCUCGCUGCUCCAGGAGUAUGGCGUAGACCGAGUCUUCCUGCUGGAAAAUGCCAAUGUGGACUCAUCGCAGCGCAAUGUUAUAUUCCUAGUUCAUGCUGAAAAGGCACGCCACGUGCGGACGGUGGCAGAGCAAAUCAAGCGCUUGCAAAGGAACGGAAAUGUGGAGCAUGAGUUCUUCAUCUUUUGGGUUCCCAGACGGACCCUCGUAAGCAACUCCAUCCUCGAGGAGGCCGGUAUCAUCGGGGAUGUGAACGUCUUAGAGUUCCCUUUGUAUUUCAUGCCUCUGGAGGAGGAUGUUCUGUCCUUGGAGUUGGACAGUUCCUUUGGUGAUCUCUACUUGAAUAAAGAUCCCGGGUGUAUUUUCCAAUCUGCAAAGGCUCUCAUGGAUAUCCAACAGAGACAUGGCUACUUCCCCCGAAUAAUUGGUAAGGGUGACAAUGCUCGGCGGCUGGCAGACCUACUGUUACGCAUGAGAAGGGAGCUCGAUGCCGAAGAAAGCUCAGGCCUCAAUGGUCUCCCUGCGAGGGGGCUUAUGCCCAGUGCUAGCACUGAAAGUUUGAUCAUUAUCGACCGUGAAGUAGACUUUGGCACAGCUCUCCUUACCCAGCUAACCUACGAGGGACUAAUCGACGAAACCGUCGGUAUCAAACACAACCAAGCAGAUGUCGAUACUACCAUUGUCGGGCCUGGCGCCGCCCAGGAAUCCUCCAAAGCCCCUCAACAACAGACCUCAAAACAGGGCCAGAAACGCAAAAUCCAACUAGACGACUCCGACCAGCUCUUUAGCCAACUGCGCGAUGCAAAUUUCGCCAUAGUAGGCGACAUCCUAAACAAAGUGGCCCGGCGGCUAGAAAGCGAGUACGAAAGCCGCCACACAGCCAAAACUACCACACAACUCCGCGAGUUCGUGAACAAACUCCCUACUUAUCAACUAGAACACCAAAGUCUCCGAGUACACACCAACCUCGCAGAGGAAAUCAUGCGAGUCACCCGCUCAGACAUAUUCCGCAAAGUCCUAGAAGUCCAGCAGAACAAUGCCGCAGGCGCUGAUGCAACCUAUCAACACGAUUCUAUCGAAGAGCUCAUCGCUCGGGAUGCACCUUUAAAGACCAUCCUUCGUCUACUUUGUCUGGAGUCUUGCAUGUCCGGGGGUCUUCGUGCCCGUGAUCUCGAGAACUUCAAGAAGCAGGUCGUCCAGGCAUACGGGUACCAGCACCUACUCACCUUCGAUGCUUUGGAGAAAAUGGAGCUUCUACAGCCACGCUCUUCCGCAACGACCAUGCUCCUCCCCACCACUGGCACCGCGCAGGCAGGCCUUAAGACCAACUACAGCUAUCUCCGCAAGAACCUCCGCCUUGUCAUCGAGGAAGUCAGCGAGAAGGAACCUGAAGAUAUCUCCUACGUCUACAGCGGCUUCGCACCCCUCAGCAUCCGACUGGUCCAAUGCGUCCUGCAGAAACCAUACAUCCUCGCCCUGACCAAAGGCAGUUCAGCACCUGCUUCCACAAACACGAACGCCGCCAGCACAACAUCUCCCGGUUGGCUCGGCUUCGAAGACGUGGUCAAGAGCGCCCGUGGAGCAACAUUCAGCAUUGUCCAGAAGGGAGACGACAAGGCUGUUCGUGCGCGGCAGACAAUCAGCGGCAACAACGCGAUUAAGACCGUGUAUGUGUACUUUCUGGGUGGGAUCACGUUUACGGAGAUUGCGGCGUUACGGUUCAUCGCUGCGCAGGAGGCGCUUAGGAGGAAGAUUGUGAUUUGUACGACGGGGCUUGUUAAUGGGGAUCGGAUGAUGGAUGCUGCUAUUGCGAAGGGGGGAUUUGCGAAGGAGGAAUAG